AUUUGUUUUACUGUACUUCAGCAUUUUAGUGACACCAAUGAUGUUGAAUUUGGACCUGUACAACUUUGAGAGUGUUGAUGCUGAAGAUUGUCGUUACAUCCUCACAAGUCCCCGGUCAUUAGAAGCAUGCACAAGACUGGGUGUGAAGCCUAUGGAACUGCUACAUAAACCAUUGAAUGACCUUAUUGAAGAUGAUCAAGGAGUCUCAUCACUUAGACAUCUUCAAAAUCUCUAUGAAGCUAGAGAGAGACAAAGGCUUGAUCUGCUAAAGGAGUGUCGCCAGAUCCGUGAGAAGAUAAUACACGAGGAGAGGGGAAGGUCACAAAGAAGUAUAUCAAGAGCGCCAUCUGACAGCCUGUAUCAAGGUACUUCCUUCUUGGCAGGUGACGUGCUCAGUGCUGAUGAACCAGCCCAAACACUGCGUGAUCAUGUCUUUGUGGCUUGGGAAGAAGACGCAAAGAAGCAAAGGAUGCGAGAAAGAAAAUUUCAAGAAAAGUUGGCAAUGAGGAAUGAACUCAUACAAAAAGAAAGAUUGAAGCAAAAAAGGGUGAAGGUGGCACAGCAAUUCAUUGAACAUGAAGAACAAGCUCAUCUAAAAAAUGCUUUGAAGGAGAUUGAGCAGAGAAAUCUCAGAUCUCAGAGUAUUUUAGAAGAACAAGAAAAGAUAAGGAGACAUCAAUUACUGUUGAAACUUGAAGAACAGAGGCACAGAAAAAAGAAACAGGAGAGAGCACUCAAGCAAUAUGAGGAAGACAUAGAAGAUUACCAGCACGCCAUUGAGAAGCAUCAGCAUAUGAGGCUAAGCAGGGCAGAAGAACAGAGGCUCAAGGAACUGAAAUCAAAGCAAGUGGAAGUUAAGAACAAGAAUAGAAAAAAGAAAGUUUUCCAUCAAGCCAGAAAGAAAUGUAUUGAUGAACAAAGCAGAGAGGAUCAGAAAGUUUUAGAAGAAAACAUACAAUUGAAACAGAUAAACAUGGACAGAGUGUACAGGAACCAAAGUUGGCAGAAGACCCAACACAUGCUAGAAAAAAAACAAAAGGAAGCAAAACAGAAACUGAAAAAUCAACAAACUCAAAAACAGUACCAAGAGGACUUAAAAGACUGGCAAGCAGAGGUCAAAAACUAUGUCACAAGGGCCCAACAGAGAGCAUCGGUGAGAGGUCAGUGGACAGCCGAGCAGAAAGCACUUCGAGCUCAUGAAUCAAGAGUAAUGAAAGAAAAGACACAACAAACACUUAUGAAAAAGGUACAAGAGGAUGAUGAUCUCUACAGAAAAUAUUUAUCUCAUCAAAUUGCAGCUAAAGAUGCUCGUAGUAAGAGAUUUUCUGAACAACGAGAAGAGACGAAGCAGAUUCUGCGCAGUGCGGCUAGGCGGUCCUCUUUAACAUCAUCAGGAGAAUGUACAAAGACAAAAAAUUCCAGAUCCUUUGAUAAGAUGGUGAAAGAUGCCGAAUUGAGAGGUAGUCUUAGCUCUGGGCCUCAGCUGGCACGAAAGAAUGUCUCCUCUCUAUGGCUUACCUGAAUUCAAGGAAUUGAACAUUUUAAUGGGAUGAAAUAAAAAAAAUAAAAAAUAGUAAUUUUAACUGAAUUACAAAUGUAUUGUUCUCUGCCAUGACAUCUGCAAUGACAUAAUAUAAAUGUCAAGUCUCGCAGGGCAUUGGUUAAAAAUGUAUAAAACACAUACUGUACUCAACUUACUUUGGAUAUAUUUCAAAACGCAUUGGAAGAUGAGCCCUAAAAAUUGUGAUGGGAAACCCACAACAUUUAUCGCUCAGCCACAUGCUUUUCGUAUAUUAGCAAAUACUCAUUUGAUGUGUCGCAUGGUAUUACUACUACUGAUUUAUGAAAUUUUGAUGUGCACUCGCAAAGGAUGCUUUUGAGUUUUUG